ACUUACAAUACUUUCAAGCAGAUAGCAUCCCCGGCCCCUUCGAUGUAUAAGAGCUUUCCUUUGUCUACUCAUCACACUGCUUUCAUCUUACAACUCCCUUCGUCAUCACUUAUUCAUCUCCCCCUCCUAGCCUCGCUGCCGUACUCGAACAGUGACAUGCAUGAGUGUUGUACUGUCGGCCACUCUCCUCACAACUGCCUUUCGACGUUUGGUUUUGGAUAUGGAUAUGUCUUCGUUCUUUGCGUUAAACACUUUUCCCCUUCUGUGUUCAGAUUCUUCACAACUUAGGUUACAGGGGACCCUGUGCAUAGCAUGGGGCCUAAAUUUACAGGACCCGCUACGGAGUAGCGGGGGUUGUGGGCUGGGGAAGUGA